AUGAUCACACUAUGUCGUAUGCAUUUCCUAAAAAAAAUAAAGGAUAAAUUACCAUAUGGGGUUAAACAAAGUCAAAAUUAUAAAGAUGCUAAGAAACAAGAAAGGUUGUCACUUGAAGCAAAUAGAAAAUUAAAAGAAACACGAGGUAUGCUCUUAGAUGGAAAAAAAAAUCUUUUCAUGAGUUUAAGACAGAAUACCGAUAUUAACUGGUAUCGGGCUGGUCAAAUUCUCAAGCAUUUAGAAAUUCAUCAAAGGGCCAAACCAGAAAUUACUCCAAAAUUAAGAGAAAAAAUUACUAACAUUGCAAAUUUUGUGAAAAAGGGAAGAUGA